UGGUUACAAGCAAGAAAGAAAAGCAAAUUUUAUGUAAACUAUUAUUUGAUCAUGUAGAAUUAUAAUCUAAAUUAUUGUUGUUGAACAGGACAGACUCAGCAGUGAAAUGGAUACUAAUAACUACCCACCGGCUGAGCUUAUCAAGUCCCCCUACUUGGAUAUGGGAUUUGUGCCAGACAGCAAUAAAUAUAUAUACUUAGAAGGUGAUCGUCCAGUAAGAGGAAGGAUGGAACAUUGUUUUUUUGAAAUAGGCACAGCUGUAUUUAUCGGUGGAGCUAUUGGUGGAUUAAGGGGUCUUCUCCAAGGGAACGAACUAGCAAGAGGCUAUCCCCCUAAACUGUAUAGAGUUGUGCUGUUCAACCAGAUUGUCAAGUCCAGCACGCUCGGUAACACUAUGGGCGUACUGGCCCUGCUUUUUUCCGGAUCGGGAAUAAUAAUAUCGGAGCUGAGGAAAAAGGAAGAUCCUUUUAACAACAUAGCCGCUGCUACUAUGACCGGAAUCCUUUUCCAGUCUUACGGUGGCAGACGGAAAAUGACCAUAGGCGGUGUGGCUGGUUUUUUUAUCGGCAGCCUCCUCACUCUAUGGACUCAACGGCGUGUAAUCACCAGCUACCUGUCGCGAAAGAUUCCAACCUCCAUCUCAGUGCACACUUCGAUUGACAAGGAGGAAAACUGAUCCAUUGACUCAGUUGGAUGAGUUAGAACUUCUUAUUUGAUUUUUAAAUAAAGGACGAUGUGCCUAACACAAGUUAA